AUGGUGGAUUUGUACCACUCUAUAUCGACCCUGGAACGCCAACACAAACGAUCCCAGCUAAAUGCAGUUUACGGAGAAUUGAUGGAACACAGACGAAAACUCAAAGACCUAAUCUUGAAAAGGCAUCUUCGAGCCGUACAACGCACAAAGAGCUUUUACUACGUACACGCCAAUAAAGGAGGUAAAUACCUGGCGAAACUGCUGAAAGGUCCUUUGCCCCAUAGACAAAUACGCAGGAUUCGCCUGGCUUCUGGGGAGAUCUCCCCCUUUCCUGAGAAAAUCGCUGGGGAAUUUCGGGCCUUUUACGAGCAUCUCUACAAUUU